CUUAAUAGUACACUUUGGUAUACUCUAACUGUCAAAGUACAUUUGAAACUUACUGUAAACAAGAUUUGGCGUACACGAUUUCUUUAUUAUUACUCAUUCUGCUUUGUUUGCUAUACCUAUACAGACUAAAAAUUGUUAUUGAAAAAACAUUAGUUCAACUUAAUCUUUAUAGAAAACAACAGUCUUUGUUAUAAAGUUUGUAUAUUCAGUACUUAUUUAUAAUUGUACAUAAAACAUGUCGGAAGUUAAAAAAGAUGACGUUGAACUGAAAUAUAUUCCAAAUGCAACAACAAUAACAAAUAAACAGUUGGGAGGUUUUCCUAAUGUGAAACAUUUUCUUCAAAACUUAGUCAAAGAUACAGUUAUAGUUUCUAAGCAAGUUGGAAGAUCAUUUCAAUAUAAUGCAAUUGUCGAGAAGAAUCGUUAUUUUUCAGCCCAUGGUCUUUUUAUGGAUUAUUUUAUACGAAAACACUUGUCCAAUCAGUAUAACAUUGCAAUAACCGAUUCACGCACAGAGCAUAUUCUGGAGAAUCCUGACGAUUACAUUAUUGGUAAAAAUAUAAGAUUGCGAAAUUCUAUUAGAGAACAUUAUGAGAUUUUUAAAGAUCCUAAUACCAAGGCCAUGAACAUUAUUAAUAGUAUUAAAAUUGUAUCACAAUCACAUCUAAUAUUCUUUGGAUAUGGUAUACCAAGACGUAAGUACGAUGUGAAUACGGAUAACUUGCGUGAAAUUAUAGGAUAUUUGGAAAGUCUUCCGUAUAAAACGGUCGACUUGAAUCCUGAGGUGGGAUGUGAUUAUUUUAAUGCCGAUGCAGAUUUAAUAUUCGAUAAUGAUGUGAUAUACGAAAUAAAGACCUCUAAAUUUAAGUCUCUCCAAAAGGACAAAGCUAAAAUACCUUUGAGCAAAUUUUAUCAAACAAUAGUCUACGGUUUUGGUUUCUACAAGAAAACUGGUAUUCAAAUUAAAAAAUUCAAAAUCUAUAAUCCUUUAUUGGGUGACGAAUAUUCAAUAGAAUUGCAAAAUAUUAAUUUUAAGCUAUUUGAAAAAGUUCUAAAACAUGAUGUUGCCAUGUACAGUAUACUCGAAGAAAUUUUAGCAGAUGAAAUGGUUUUGGAUCUAACACUAUUUCCUGGUGAGGGUGAAAAGUGAAGAAAUGUUUGCUUAAUUAAAAAAAUUAAAAAAAAAUUUAUUAUAUUUUUUCUUACAAUUUUUUGAUGAAAUAAAUGCUGCAUUUACAGUUUAAAAAA